UUUAAGAAAAGAAAACAAGACUUCUGAAUUAACGGUGUUGACAUAUAGAUUAUAGGCCUACCUUUUGUUUGACCCAGUUUACUGUUUGUUGUAGUAUAAAAACAAAUAACUCAUUGAGCAGCCAAUAAAAUAUUUUACUGUGUUUACUCAAGAUUUUAUUUGCUUAAUUUUUUUUUUCUUGUUACCAUUAUUAGAGUCGUAACGGUCACCUUGUAUAUUUUACAUGUAUCCUAUUUUAUUUUGAAAAUCCCAGUUCUGAACAUUUUUUGCUGAUUAACUUUUAACCGUCAUUGGAAUUAACUCGAGUGUUGUAAUUGCCUGUUAUUGGUCGGUUCUCUUUUGUGGACUUUGGGUGCUUUUUGUCACAUGACCUGUCAUUCCUUUUUCCAAUUUGUUUCCCAACAAACAUGUUAGAUCAUUCUUUUUUUUUAUUGAAAAAAAUGAUAAAUAAACAUCUAGGUGCAAAAUAUAGCUUACCUGGUAAAUUAUAAAAUAGACUGUUUUAAGUUGAGAGAAUCUUAAAGUAAACUUAAAAAAACAAAAAAAUCAAUAGGUGUUUCCCUGCUAGGACAUUUAUCUGAGAGAAUGUGAUUGCCUACACAGCCUGAGAACUGGACAGAGAGCAGAGCACAUCCAGACUCCACUAACAUGCCGGGACACCAACCGCCCAAAACACACUCAUAAAUUCCUGACUUCUUCCCGCUGGAGAAGGAGCGGUCCACUAUGGAAAUAGGAGAGUUACCUGGGUGUGUCGUCAAAACCACAGGUGAUUUCUACACUCGCUGUUUGCCAUAUCAACGUUGAUGUCACUCGAGAGAAGAAAACACUGCAAUAAGCUGCUUAUGACUUCAAAUGAGAUGGACGUCUUAGAAAUGAGCUAGAUAGUAUCACAGAAGGGUCGACUGAUGGUGUUACAACAAAUUAACAAUGAUUUAAAAGGGAGACAAGAAUCAUGAAGGUUUCUCCAACAUACUAAAACCAUCCUUCUAAAAGAUGCAUCCAAGAGGUCCUCCAGUUCCACCACCACCGCCACCCGUUCUCCCACCACCACCUCCGCCGCCCCCUCUAUCCCACCAUGGACCUUUUGGGAAGGGGGAUCGCCGGCGUUCUCGGAUGCGCAAUUUCAACUGGGAAACCCUUCCCAAGCACAGCGUGAUCGGAAAGCACAACAUCUGGACAGCAGACAGAGACGACGGAGAGUAUGAGCUGGACACUGAUCACAUGGAGGAGUUGUUCAGUCACAACCAGGGCCACCAACAUACCAGGGCCCUGAACCGUCAAAGUUUGAGGGGCCUUCCGGUUUCUGGCACAGGAACAGAAAUGGUCUCCAUCCUCAGCUCCAAGAGGAGCAUGAACGUUGGAAUAUUCCUGAAGCAGUUCAAGCGACCUGUAAAAGACUUGAUCGAGGACAUUAAAUCAGGAAGUGGGAACAGUUUUGGUUUCGGAAAGCUGCAGGAAUUGUGCAAGAUGCUGCCAGAUGACGGGGAGGUUAAGGAACUCCUGAAGUUUAAAGGCGACCUCUCUGCUCUCUGUGAAGCGGAUCUUUUCAUGUUAAUGCUGGUCCAAACCCCCAGCUAUGAAGAGCGUCUGAACUGCUUGGUGCUAAAGGAGGAAUUUUUUCCUCUUAUGGAUGAGCUUAAAAAGUUCCUUGGCACUCUGACAGCUGCUGGGAGAGAGCUGUUAGAGUGUGAAAACCUCCAUUCUGUCAUUCGCUUGGUGCUGAAGACUGGGAAUUACAUGAAUGCUGGUGGCUAUGCGGGCAGCGCCAUUGGUUUCCGGAUGUCGUCUCUGCUGAAGCUGGCUGAUACCAAGGCAAACAAACCUGGAAUGAAUCUCAUGCAUUAUGUCGUGAUGCAAGCGCAGAAAGCAGAUGAAGCCCUUCUGCAUUUCCCCGAACAACUGAAGCACAUUGAAGGUGCUGCAAGAAUAAAUAAAAGUGACGUGGAGGCAGAGUUUGAAAGAUUGAUGAAGAAAAUACAAGACGCCAAAGCAGACAGCGAGAAAGAGCCAGACCUGCAGACACAGAUGGAGAACUUUCUGAAGGAAGCUGAGGUCUGUUUGGAAGAAGUAGAGAUGAACCUUGAUCAGUUGCAGUCGGUUAGCGAUACUGUAGCCGAGUACUUCUGUGAAGAUUCCAACAAGUUCAAACUGGACGAGUGCUGCUCCAUUUUCAACUCUUUCUGCGAGAAGUUCAUGAGAGCCAUGCAGGAAAACAAAGCCAGAGAGAUGACGGAAAUGAAACAGAAGCUCAGAGACAGAUUGCAGAACACAGUCAAGCGCAGAUCGACGGCUACCUGCUCCAGCAGAGACAAGGAAAUGAAAGGGAUUGCUCUGGAGUACGUACUGCAGAAUAUACUCACAGACCGCAUCCCUAGAAGGAAAUCUGGAAGGUUCUCGUCGGAUAAUGGAAGCCCAAUCAACGGGAGCACAUCAGAGCUCUCGUCUCAGUCAGAAAGUCCGAAUCAGAAAGACACUUUGAGAGUUAAAGAAAUGUGCAGAAAAGGGUGGAACUCUGCAGUCGACCUUACGGGGAGCUUCUCACCAAAGCAAGAGUGUUCACAUCUACGUGAUACUAAGAGGAAAGGUCAAAGUUUAAAUGAAGAAGAGAAGAAAGCGUCCACCAAAGAGGAUCCUGAAGACCAACCACAACAAGCCAAAAGAGCCCCCAGCAUCACCACGCCCGGCGAUGAGAACGACCUGCAAGACAACACGGAAGAAGAGGCACAAAAGCUACGAGAAGCGUCUAAAAAAGUUUUGCAUUAUCAGAACAGCUGCGGUAGUGUCUCAUCCGAGGAUUUCUCCCUCGAAAAGCCGAAGGCUCCAGCGGCGAAAUCCACCUUACGCCGUCGUCUGACCUUUGACGAGGAGACCCAAAGGUAUCCUGGAGAUCCCACCAACGAGGAGCUGGUGCAGUUUCUGCUGGGUGCGGAGUCACCCUCAAAACGUGAGCUGGGUCGCCGAAAUACUCUCCCUACCAACAGCUCUAAAAACAAAAAGGAAGAGGAUAAUCUGCAAACGCAGACUUCGGUUAGAAGUCCAAACCGUGUGGCACAAGACAAACAAACACAGCCAGGAGAAAGUGUUGGACACACACUCCCAGUGUUUCAUUUUACUGAUAAUCCAGGACAAUCUGGUGUGGAAGGCAAUAAUUCUCUUUCAACAGAGGAGACAACUAAACCAGAUGAUUCUUCAUCCUGUGAGUCAGAGGCUGCACAGCAUGGCUGCACAGAAGGCGUAGAGAGCCACCUGCAGGUGAAGAAUCAAAGUGUUCCACAGAGGAACGCCUGGUUGAAGACUGAGACCUCCGGACUUUUUUUCAGCUUUUUCAAACGCCUCGGAGAUUUAAGCAAACUACAGAACAACUAAGAAAGUCUUCAUGAGAAUGUGGAUUCUGGGGUUUGGGUUUAGAAAAAGGCUUUUUUUUUAAAUUACAAAUGUAGUUUAAAGUUCAUAAUCCUUAGUUUUCUGAAAAUUAUCUAGUGAAAAAUUUAGUCCUAUUGUCUACAUGUGAUGUGAGGUUUAGUGUCACUGCAAAGAAUUACUGAGGUCAGGAAUUGAGAUAAAUGGAUAAAUCAGUUUGGUGAAGUUUGGAGCUCCCUAAGGAACAUCAAAGUAAAAAAAAAAAAAAA